AUGGUUAUCGCAAUUGGCUUUGAGGGAUCAGCAAAUAAGUUGGGUGUGGGUAUUAUACGACACGAAGGAGAUCAAGUGGAUAUAUUGGCCAAUGUCAGAGAUACUUAUAUUACACCCCCUGGCCAAGGAUUUUUACCUCGAGACACAGCACAACAUCACCGAGAUUGUAUACUUGAUGUCACUCAAAAGGCAUUAAAGCAAGCUAAUAUAUCAACUCAAGAUAUUGACGUGAUUUGCUACACCAAGGGACCAGGAAUGGGUGCACCAUUACUCUCAGUUGCACUUGUCGCUCGUACUUUAUCCUUAUUGUGGAAUAAGCCUUUGGUAGGCGUGAAUCACUGUGUUGGACAUAUUGAGAUGGGUAUAGAAGUAACAAAGGCAAAGAAUCCGGUUGUUCUUUAUGUCAGUGGAGGAAAUACACAGGUCAUUGCUUAUUCACAACAGUGUUAUCGUAUCUUUGGUGAAACAUUGGAUAUUGCAGUAGGCAAUUGUUUAGAUCGAUUUGCUCGUAUAUUAAACUUGUCAAAUGACCCAAGUCCUGGAUAUAAUAUUGAACAAUAUGCCAAAAGGGGUAAAAAAUACAUCCCCUUACCUUACACAGUCAAAGGAAUGGACGUGUCAUUCUCUGGCAUUUUAUCUCAUAUUGAAAAGAUUGCCAAAGAAGAAUUACCCAAAGGUGAGAUCACGCCUGAGGACUUGUGUUUCUCACUUCAAGAAACCCUUUUCGCCAUGUUGGUCGAGAUCACAGAACGCACUAUGGCUCACGUUGAAUCCAAUGAGGUGCUCUUAGUGGGUGGUGUUGGCUGUAACAUACGAUUGCAGGAAAUGAUGGGUGAGAUGGCAAAGCAGCGAAAUGGUGUUGUGUGCGCUACGGAUGAUAGAUUCUGUAUUGACAAUGGUAUCAUGAUUGCUCAUGCAGGCUUGUUGGCCUACAAGACUGGAUUCACGACACCAUUAGAAGAAAGCACGGUGACACAGAGAUUUAGGACAGACCAAGUUAAAAUUGCAUGGAGAGAAAAUUAA